GGGGCAACAUGAAAUUUCACCAAAUAAAAAUAUCUGGUUUUCCCUCUCUCAUCCGACAAAGGAGAAGCCCUACCUGGUCACACCGGCGUCGUUGGCUCAGCUGCGCUACUAGCGAUACCCUCUUGCCGAACAGCCCGGCACCACCUCGCUCUCUGCGACGCAGAGAUGGAAUCGUUGUGCAAGGCUGAGAGCAGUGGAGUAUGCUCCGUGUACGUGGUGAAGCUGCUAAUGUCGGAGAUCGUUUUAGCGGCCCAAAAGUCCAUAUUUUGGCUUCUUCUUGCGGGAUCACUGUCAAGUAAAAUCAAUGCCUUGGGUGAAGGAUCUGACGUGAGACAUAUGAUAUUGAAAAGGAGCAAAGUGGAAACUAUGCCUGAGAACAAGGAUGAUGGUGAGUCUGAUGAAGAGGGCGAUGAUGAUGAAGAUUCUGGAGAUGACGAGGAAGAUGAUGGCGAUGAAGAAUUCUCAGGUGAAGAAGGAAAUGAUGAAGGGGAUGAAGAUGGCAAUGACAAUGAGACCGAUGGUGGAGGAGGGAGUGAAGAGGAAGACGACGAUGAGGAUGAUGGAGAUAAUGAAGACAACGAUGAUGAGGAUAACGAAGAUGAGGAAGAUGAUGAUGAUGAAGAAGAACACUCGCAGCCACCUUCUAAAAAGAAAAAGUGAGCUUCCUUUUGAUUCUAGCUAAUGAUGAUUAAGCGUCAGUGAUCUUUUAUUUAGUAGUUAGGCAGCUGAGCUAAUUACGUUUGAAUGCAUUCCAGUGUUUCUUUCAUUUUAAUAUUCUUCCUGUACUGUUAUUUUAUUCUAGUCUGAAUGCUAUUAAGGUUGUUACCUCUUAGAACUUAGUUGGAUUAUAUUAGAUGGCAUUUCAUUGU